UGUUGCUGACAUCAGAGGCGCAGCUCCAGGGAGAAAGUCAGACCCUCUCUUUAGUGUGUGUGUCUGUUCGUGUGUGUGUGUGUGUGUGAAUACAAGCGAAGCGCAGGGUGAAAAAACUUUACUCCGAAACACAUCAGCCGUUUGCAGUUCAUUCUUCCGCUACAGAGAGCAGUUUCCGGAUAGCAGCCCACUGUUUUGGGAAGAUCUGCUCUACAUCUGUUGGGAUUUUUCAGCUCUUCCCGUCGUUUAUCUGUGAUAACUUGCCCUCCAUAAUAAAGUCAUCUUUAGAAAUCCUGCAGCCACAACAAGAACAUGGAGUCAUAUAGAUAACAAGGGUGAAGUCUUCGCUUGCAGAGAGAAGUUGAGCUCUGUGCUCGAGUUCAACAGGGCCACUUCCUGAUGAUGACAGUAAACAUGGAUGACGGUCUCCAAAAUGGACCCGGACAGCACAGGAACUCACAAGACGAUGAAGAGGCGCUAAACUCCAUCAUGAAGGACCUGGCAGCCCUGGGUCGCUGCUACACCCAGCACAACAAACCCAAGAACAGAACCUUACUCUACAAACAGGAUUUAAGAGUCAAGCUGGAGCAUGAGAGAGAAAAACGAAUCAUCCCCUUCCAGAGGCCGCUGAAGAUCAAGGAGCUGCUGCAGAAAGUGACCGAGGCCUUUGGCCAGCAGAUGGACAUGUUUUUUAUGGAGAAAGAGCUGCUGCUGCCCCUGAAGACCCAGGAGGACCUGGAUCAGGCGGUGCUGACGUUGGGCUGCAGCUCAGGGACCAACGGGCUGCUCAGGAUACUGCUCAAGACCCCCAAGAACAACCAUUACCUACAGGUGAACAGCAGGGACAAACAGAGCGAGAUGAGAUCAUCGCGGUCACUGGGAGAUUUGAAGGGCUCCCUGCUCAAGGGGUCGGAAAGGGUCCGCAAACACUCGACGGGAUCCCUCCAUACAGGUCGAACGUCUCCGCCUCCAGGCAGUGUUCCUGAGGAGCAGCAGCAGAUUGCCCGUCAGGGCUCUUACACCAGCAUCCACAGUGAAGGGGAGUUCAUCCCUGAGACCCUGGACCAGAAUAUGCUGGAUCCCUUUGGGAGCGCAGACAAUUCACUGUCAAACAGCUGUCAAUCAAUAGAUCAAGCGCUGGACAGCCCUCCUUUCUCACAGAACAACCGUGACAAUAAUUACCUAAACCUCAACUAUGAAUACAAAGGUCGCCAUGGGAAAGGAGGGACUUUCCCUCGCCAGUUCCAGUUGCCCAAUCGCAGCAAGGAUUAUGGAGACCGUCGCAGGACACUUCCACGGAGCUUCAUGCCCCAGGAGAACCUGUUUCAACUGGUUCCCUCCAGUCGCACACGCAGUUAUAAUGGAGACAGUACGCUGCAGUACAGUGACCUGCGCUCGUUGGGCCGCACCACUGACAAAAGCUGCCAGCGUGGUACAGCCAAAUCACCGCGGGCGCCAGUCGAUUGGCGACAAGGAAAACUUUUGGGGCGUGGGGCAUUUGGGGAGGUCUACCUCUGCUAUGACGCUGACACGGGACGCGAGCUGGCCGCCAAGCAGGUGCCCUUUGAUCCCGACUGUCAAGAAACCAGCAAGGAGGUGAAUGCUCUGGAGUGUGAGAUUCAGCUGCUGAAGAAUUUACGUCAUGAGAGGAUUGUUCAGUACUAUGGUUGUCUUCGGGACCUUGAACAGAAAAAACUCACCAUUUUCGUUGAGUUUAUGCCUGGGGGCUCAAUAAAGGACCAGCUUAAAGCCUAUGGGGCACUGACAGAGAAGGUGACAAGGAGAUACACCAGACAGAUCCUCCAAGGAGUCUCAUACCUGCACAGCAACAUGAUUGUACACAGAGACAUCAAAGGUGCUAACAUCCUGAGAGACUCCUCAGGGAAUGUGAAGCUGGGAGACUUUGGAGCCAGCAAACGUAUCCAGACCAUCUGCAUGUCUGGUACAGGGAUCAAGUCUGUCACUGGCACCCCCUACUGGAUGAGCCCAGAAGUUAUCAAUGGGGAGGGAUAUGGCCGGAAAGCUGAUGUAUGGAGUAUUGCCUGCACUGUUGUGGAAAUGCUGACCCAGAAACCUCCUUGGGCCGAGUAUGAGGCCAUGGCAGCCAUUUUUAAGAUUGCCACCCAGCCUACGAAGCCCAUGCUUCCAGAGAGUGUGUCCGACGCGUGCAGGGACUUCCUGUGGCAAGUGUUUGUGGAGGAGAAGUGGCGGCCCACUGCAGACAUUCUGCUCAGUCCCGUUCGUCCAGGGCAGCUUCUGAGGCCUGUGGACCCCCCUCCCCUCCCCUGCCUGCGAGGCCUCCACGGCACCGGUGCCUCGACUCCUCUGCAACCCGCCCCAUCCCCAGGGCUCUGCAGCCCGCCCCAUCCCCAGCCCCACCCCUGUUACCAUGCUCCAGGGCUCAGCACCACUCCAACUUCCUGCCCUGUCAUCUAUCACCAAUGUCUGCCUUGUCCGGACCCCUGCAUUUCUCACCAACUAGCUCAACCCAGAUUAUUCACUGAGAGGCCAGGUUGACUGCUGUCAGACCUCUAUAGUCCUCCAAGGAAUUGCAGAGUUCCCUCAGGACUGGACUGACAAGAAAGCACUUAGCAGGGUACAGACUGCUGUCCUUUAACAAGAGCAGGAAUAGUGACCCAAGUUAAAGAGAGAAGUGAUGUCUCAAGUUUUCUGGGUCUUUACACUAAUCUACUGCAGCAGAACAGUCCUGGGAUUGGCCAGGCACUAUGUAUUAGUGACUGACUGGCGAAAUUGAUCACACCUGAUAGUACUGUAAGUUACUCAUCAGUUAGCUGUGAGUAAAAUUAAAAUAUUUUUAUAUGACACAUACAAAGUCAUCAUAGCUGACAUGAGUUUUCUAUUGUCACUUAGAAAAAAUGUAAGUGUAUUUUCAUCAACGCCUUACAAUACGAAUUUGUAAGUAAGAAUGUCUUUUUUAACAUCCUGAAGGGUUGCAUUACCCUAUUUUCAUAGCGCUCACAACCCCAUUUAGAAGGACUGUCAACAUUGCACUUUUGAUAUCAUGCAUGGAAACAAUUCCAACAUGCAGGAUAAUCAACUGAGGAGAUAUUUUUCUAUUUGAUGCAUUUUAUAUGAUUUCAUAAAGAAAACUGUGUAGUUUGUUCUGAUGUAAAGAAGAAAGAACCAAACUUUUGCAUUAGAGUGCAAUGUCUGUUAAGCAAUACCAACACUACUGUUGGAGUCUGUGACAUCCCUUCCAGCGUCCCAUGCAGUGAGCCUUUUUCCAUUCAGAAGUGGCCAAAGAAAAGUUGCAGAGAGCUUUCAUGAAUAUUAGCCUAUGUUAAUGUAGAGUUUUAGUCUUGUUAGAUUGUUUUGUCACCUCAGAGCCCUAUAGCCUUUUCUAUGUUAUGGCAGCUUCGUGCACAGUAGACUGCACAGACCAAAACAGACGCAUUGACAUCACAUUGUGUUGCUAUAAGAAGAUCAUGAAAUUAGCAAGAAGGAAGUGUCUCAUUUACAUUUUUUGUUGUAACAUCAAUAUGAAUCCAGUCACCCCAUGCCUUUACUUUGCUUUCCACACUAUAUGAAUGGGUCACUUAAUGACCACAUGACAGCACACCUUGCUAUGUGUCAUGUCAUGUGAGAUAAAGCAUAAUAUAAGUCGCCAAAAAGGGUCAAGUUGGAAAGACGGGGCUAAAUACUGUUUUCUUAAAGUGGAGAUGAGAUGAAACUAACUGGGUGGAUUGAUGUUGGACUUGUAGUGGCUAGCUGUAAUACAGUGGCACUUAAAGAAUGAUCAAAUCUUUUUUGACCUUUGACAGUGCCUUAGCUGAAUCUGCUUGUAAACGCAAAUGUUCACUGCCAAAGCGGGAAGCUUCUUAAUAAGGUGAGCAGCUGUUCAGUAGAGAGCACACACAAGACUUGCUCAAGUUCUUUUAUAUGGAAAAAAAAAGAAUAUACUGUAAAUACAUAUUGUUCUGCACUUUUGUAUGAAAUUUCUUUGUCAUUAUAUACAAAUCUAUUCGAUGAAAUAGCUCUGUUCUACAGUAGAUUGUACUGUGAUUUAGACAGGAGGAUGUACGGUUGUCUCUGAGAGCCUGAAGGCAGUAUGAAAGGCUGUGAGGCUUUUGAUUGAGACAGUCUGUUAUGUGUUAAUGACAAAGCCUCUAAACAUGAAAUGUAUCAAGUCAUUGAUCUUUUGUACAUUUAACUUAAUAAAUC